AUGACUCCCAAUAAAUAUAUACUGACUCCUCCAGAAGAAUUAUAUCCCUAUACAGGCAGAACAGAAAAGGAAAGAAACGAUGAUAAAUCAUGUAUAUAUCCCGAUUUUGAAGCUUGGUCUCAUACUCUUGAGGACGAUCAAAUCUUGAAUAAGUUUGUUGCCAAAGGUUAUUAUACAACGUCAAAAGUCAACUUCGAAAGUAUCUCUGCUAGAUCUACAUUGAAUAAACCAUUGAAUACAGUAUCAAUACAACUGGCGAACCAAUUCACUAAAAUAUUACAAGUAAGGGAACAAGAAAUUAAUAGAAUCCCUUCUAAAGACAAAAACAGCCCUAACGCAACAACAUUUUUCCCGUUAAGUGGCCCAUACUUUAGUUUACCCAAUAGGGUCACCUUGACAGAUCAUCGAAAAGAAUUAUGGCUGCAAGAGUUAAGUAAUCCUUAUGUCUCAUUGUCUAAGAUCUCCAAGUUUAUACCGCAUGGUUUGAAAAGAAGACAAGUCUUAGAACAAUGCUACACGAAGCAAAUACCAUUGAAGAGAGCAAUAUGGUUGAUUAAAUGCUGCUUUUCCAUCGAGUGGAAAUCGCUAAUGACUAAGGCAUCACAAACACAAGCGGAUACCAAUAAACAAUUAUUAAAGGAAUGGACUGACAACUUCAUUUAUAUCCUUGAGAAAUUAAUCUUUGAAAUUUCUCAACAUUAUAAUGAUCCAAAUCAAAUGAAGAACUGGAAGCUCCAAAUUUCCUAUUUUUUAAAAUUAUUAGGCAAUUCUUAUACUUUACAAUUACUAGAAAAGGAAACUUUUCAUCAUUGGCUGGUAGAAUUUGUAACGAAAGUGGAGAAUCUCAAAUUUUUACCGUUAUCAUUACAUAUUUUAACGACGUUUUGGGAUGGUAUAUGCCAACCUAUAGAGUCAGCUGAUGAGAAUGGUACAGCAACAUUAACACAGCCAUUAUUUCUAGUAUCAAAAAUAACCGAUAUGUUAUUACAAAAAUAUGCUUCAAUAUCCCAAAGCAAAUCUAUGAUCAAUGACGAAAGAUAUAUUAUAAAUGAUCUCAAGAAAAAUAACAAGAUAAAAGAUUCUUUACUAUCCACUUUGAAGCUUCUGAUAUGUAAAUUGUUUCAAGAGCAAUCGUUGGAAGUUUUUCUAUUUUCCGCUGCAAACUGGGAAAUAUACAAACCAUAUUUAUAUGAAGCCACUAGUUUAUUGAACAAAACCGUAGAGGCCACUACAGAAGUACGCAAAAAGUUAGAAUUAAUAAGUUAUAGUAAUGAAGCUUUGAAGAACGGACCAAGUUUAGUAAGGGUCGAUGACUCUGAAAAUGAUGUAAAACUUAUCAUGUCACCAACUACCACCGGGAAUAACAUACACUUUGAUGCAAUUCAUUUAAAAUAUGUCGAUACCAAACUAACUAAAAAACUGGAUGACAAUCCAACAUCUUUUGAUUGGUCUUCAUAUAUUGAUCAGAAUGAUUUCCAAUGUAGUAAGGUUGUUCAAUUGAUAUUAUGGUCCAUUUGCCCCUCAAGACAAAUGCAUUAUGAGGCACACCAACUUGUAGCAAAGCUUUUGCUUUUGAAAAUUAAUUCGGUUGAUGGCUUCCCAGAUUUUCAGAUAGAAGAUACGAUUUGGACGUUGGUUUUCCAAAUAGCUAAACUUUCCGAACGAAACAAGGCAUUACGAGCAUCUUUACCUUCGUUGAGCAAACUCCUUAAUAUACUUAUUACAUACGGGAUAAUAAAGGUACCGACGUAUAUCAGGAAAUUGAUCAGUUCAGGUGUUCUUUAUUUACCAAAUUCCAAUGGUAAAUUUGUUCAUUGUAAAAUUCUAAUUAAUUUGAAAAUAUCUCCACUAAUGAAAAGUCAAUAUAACAUGGUAUUAAGAAAUGUUAUGGAAUACGAUCCUACCUUUUUCGAAAAAUAUAAUUUCGAUCAAUUACAGAGAGAUGCGGAAGACAUAAGAAACAAUAUAGCGAAUAUAGAUGAUUUAGAAUUGGACCAGUGUCCACUAAGCGUCAAGACGAUAAUAGCGGAAUGGUAUUUGAGUAAUUUAUGCUCUGAUACACAAUCGAUGGUCGAUAAAGUUCGUCUCCUGAAAAACUUCAAGCUUUUUUGUAUAGAUCUUGAACUUUCCCAUCAUUAUUAUAAAUGGAUUGAGUUUAUUGUUUAUCAUCAAUUAUUAAUUGAUAUUGAAGCUUUAGAAACUCUAAUGGAUAUUCUUUUAUGUUAUGAAAAAGUAUUUUCCCAGUUUAUUAAUGAUCAUAUUUUAUUUACGAAAACGUUCAUUUUCAUUUACAGAAAGGUUCUCAGGGACAAAGAUAAUGAUACUUAUAUGGUUACAUCAUUCAUGCCCUUUUGGAAGUUUUUUAAAAAGAAUUUCAUGCUGGCACUGAAUAUCGAUAAUGACUUGAACAUUGAGCUCACCAAUGUAUACGAAGAGGAGAAACAAAAGCAGGAACUUCUUGAAAAAGAUCAGAUGGAAGUACAACGUAUCUAUAAUUGCAUCAACUCCAAUACAUCAAGGAAAGUCUGGAAAUUCACUGAAGUCUUUGAAGGGAAUGUUAAACUGAUGAUAACGAAACAAACUUCCACUGAGAAAAGAAGGCUGGCAAGACGCAAUCUUCAUUUGUUGAUGAUUGCGAAUUUGAGAGACUAUAAUAAACGAAUGUCUGUGUUUUUAAAACGGAAAUAUUUCCAGAAAGAAGACUUAAUAAGAUUGGUCUCUAAUAAAUUAUUAACAUUGGGACAAAUUCAGAGUAUAUUAGGUAUUGAAUUUAUCAUACCCUUUUUAUCACUGAAAACUAUGGAUGAUGGUCAAUAUUUUGAAUAUCAUAAAGAGAAGUAUAUCGAAUCUAACUUUGCGGUAAUACUUACAGCUUGUGAAAAUAAUUUCUCUCAAUUUUAUCAGUUAUUUUUAAGCUUAUUCGUUAAAUAUGGUAUGAUGACAAAACUAUUUUCAACGGCCGCAAAAAGCUUAAUCAGUUUAUUGAAGAGAAAUUCCAGUACUUCGAAUGUUAUAAUGGAAGAUUUACUAAAGUAUCAGAUAAAGGAAUUUACGUUACAAAGUGACUUGAAAGACGAACAAAACAUUACUAGCGAAGGUGAAGAUGACGAUGAUCAUACAAUAGAAGAACCAAAAGCGUCCGACUUGUAUACGAACUUAGACUUUAGUAAUCUUUGGAUUUUUCAAAUUUUCACAUGUUAUCAACUAAACGAAAUGUUAGAGCUAAACAACCUAGAUAGCAAUGUGAACAUGUUUAUUUCUGAAGUAGUUGAGAUAACUCAGUACGAUAACUUGUGUACAAGGAUCUUCGAUCAGUUAAAAAACACUAAAAUUAUUACUACUGUCAUUGUCGUAGUGGAACGGGUUUUCUUAGAACGAUGUCUUUCACAAUUAGUGAUAUCUAAUGAGUCCCUUAUUUUCAUUAUUGAAGUUAUCGAAACAUUAUCAAAGAAAAUCAACAAGGAUUCGUCAGGUAAUAUUCCAAUGGCUGAUGAUUGUUAUUCACUAUUCCAACAGACCAUGUCGUAUUUUGCCAAUUUAGAUAUAAAUAAACUUACAGACUUAGAAUCUAUCUUAGACGUAUUUUUCAAGAUCUUUUCUAUUCAUCAAAAUCCGAUUUUCCGCCUGAUCCUUAAUUCUUUAGGUGGGAGAAUAAGUGACAGACAAGAGGAAGAAAAAUUUAUCGACAAUAUGUUUACAGUAUUUGGUAAAUUGACAUUUAAUUUAAGAUUGAAGUUAAUGCUCUAUGAGAUACUGUCAGGCUUUAAAUCCUACAGUAUUUAUGUAUCUACCAGAAGUAAUGAAGAGAACAAUGGAGAACAGACGUUGGUCAUUUUAGAUCAAGAUCUAAUAACUCGAAAAAUGUCAAAACUACCGCCUUUCCAAGUGUCAUCAUUUACAAAAGAACCUUCUGAUGAAGAUGACGAUAGCAAAUUGACUCUUGGGACUCAAUUCAUUGAUAUCAAUCCUACAGAUAAUGGAAAUCGUGCUAAUAUAAGUCAGGACGGUAAGUCAUCGAAAUGGUUCAUAUACAACAAGGAAGAAAAGACAUACGUAUCCGUUUUCAAGGAUGAACCGUACCAUAAUAUCAACAAUUACCAACCUGAUACAAAUAACUCAUCGAACAAUUCCUGUUUGAAUUUGAGUCUGUUUGAGGCUAGUUUUGAAAGAAAGAACCCUCGUUAA